UGUCGGUCCGGCCGCUGUUGUGCUCGCGCCCGAGGAGGGGAUGUAUUCGUUCUUCUGCUCUUCGACCUGCCAUUCCGUCGGAAUCCAGACAGCCCGGAACUUCUCGGCCGUCCCACCGAGUCUGCUGUCGCUUCGCAUCCAGUCGUCCUCUGCCAGCUCCUCUGCUCCCUCCGCCCUGCCUUCCUGCCCAUCCCAGCCGCCGCACUCCACCACCAGUAUGACCGCCGACAACACCCCCCAGUCUCUCGAUCCGAUCCAGAUGCUCUCGCUCAAGGAGCUUGCCCGUCUUUCGGAGCUGUCCCCCGAGGAGUUUGAGGCCCGUCUCGAGUCCAUCCGCAACAAGAAGGGUUUUAUCUGCGACAUGGAUGGCGUCAUCUACCAUGGCAAGAAGCUGCUUCCUGGUGUCAAGGAGUUCAUCGACUGGCUCCAGAAGAACGACAAGAAGUUCCUGUUCCUGACCAACAACUCAGCCCCCACCCCAGCCGAGCUCAACCGCAAGCUGCAAAAGCUCGGCGUCAACGUCCCCGAGAAGCACUUUUACACCUCCGCGAUUGCCACGGCCAAGUUCCUGCAAUCCCAGAAGCCCAGAGGCGGCUCCUGCUAUGUUAUCGGCGAGCCUGCGCUGACUUACACCCUCUAUGAGCACGGCUUUAUCAUGAACGACACCGAUCCCCAGUACGUUGUCAUCGGCGAGACGACCUCCUACAACUUUGACAAGAUCAACACGGCCACCAAUCUCGUGCACAGGGGCGCCAAGCUGAUCGGAACUAACCCGGACGUCAACGGCCCCCUCGAAGGCGGUGCCAUCGAGCCCGGCUGCGGUGCUUUUGUGGCCGCAGUAGAGAUGGCGACGGGCAAGAAGGCGUUCUUCUGCGGCAAGCCUAGCUCGCUUAUGAUGAGCUAUGCCCAGAGCAUCCUGGGCACCACCAAGGAGGAGACCUGCAUCAUCGGCGAUCGCAUGGACACGGACAUCUUGGCUGGCACCUGGGCCAACAUUGAUCCAGUCGUGGUUUUGUCCGGCAUCACCAACGAGGGCAACCUUUACAAUGAGGCCUACCGACCCUAUAUCGUCUUGAAUGGCGUCAUUGACUUUGUUUCCGAGCCGAGCCAAGCCUAAGGCUCUCCAUCGCCGGCCAAGCGAAGCUGAACCGGAUGAACUUCAGACCACUCGUUCAUAGACCCGCAAGUAAUGAGCGGGUCGAGGCGCGAUAGAGACCACCUGUCCUUAUUUCCGCUCCUCCCCUAUUGUCGUGGGUGUCGAUAUUUCCUUCCUCUCUCCCUCAUUUUCCCCAUCGAUCUGUCCUUGUGGUCGUGGCAUAGUUCAUAAUCAAUCCUACAAUCCAGAGUCCGUGAUUACCUCUUG